AUGGCCACCACCACGGCGCAGUACCUGCCGCGCGGCAGCCCCCUCCUGGCUGUGCCCACGCCGGACGCCGAGCGCCUUCACCAGGGCCCCACGUACCGCGAGGUGCAGAAGAUGAUGCACCACGAAUACCUACAGGGCCUGGCCGCUACACCGGGGCACCCCAUCGGCAGCCUCCCGCACCAUCAGUGGCUGCCAGGCGCCACUGGAGACUGGGGCGGCGGCGGCGGCGGGACCCACCUGGAGCACGCCAAAGGGGGCGGCGCGGGCCCGCGAGGAGACCUCGACGGCUUCCACUCGCGCUCGCACCUGGUGCACCAGCAAACGGGCGGAGGAGGAGGCGGCAGCGGAGCGCACUGGGGGCAGGGGGGCCCCGCGCAUCACCUGGGCGGCUGCCCCUCGGCCAUGUCCCCGACGGCCGCCGGUGGGCACCAGGCGCUGCUCUACUCUCAGGCGGCCUACCCGGGGCUGAACGGGAUGCUGGGCCCGCAGGCACCGGCCUUGCACCUGCCCCAUGGCCACGCGCCCCACGGCGGUCACCACCAGCACCAUCCGCACCAGCACGAGGAGGCGGAGGCGGCGCACCUGGAGGGCUCCCCGCCGCACCUGGGCCACGCGGGGGGCCACGAGCCGGGGUCGGCGGCGUCGGACGAGGAGGCGCCCAGCUCGGACGACCUGGAGCAGUUCGCCAAGCAGUUUAAGCAGCGGCGCAUCAAGCUGGGCUUCACGCAGGCGGACGUGGGGCUGGCGCUGGGCACCCUGUACGGCAACGUCUUCUCACAGACGACCAUCUGCCGCUUCGAGGCGCUGCAGCUGAGCUUCAAGAACAUGUGCAAGCUGAAGCCGCUGCUCAACAAGUGGCUGGAGGAGACCGACUCCAGCACAGGCAGCCCGGCCAGCCUGGACAAGAUCGCGGCGCAGGGCCGCAAGCGCAAGAAGCGCACCUCCAUCGAGGUGGGCGUCAAGGGCGCACUCGAGAGCCACUUCCUCAAAUGCCCCAAGCCCUCGGCUCACGAGAUCACCUCGCUGGCCGACACGCUCCAGCUGGAGAAGGAGGUGGUACGCGUCUGGUUCUGCAACCGGCGGCAGAAAGAGAAGCGCAUGACGCCCGUUGCCGCACCGCAUGCGCCGGCCAUGGACCAGGACCUUUACGCGCAGGGCGCCGACGCCUCGCCGACGCUUCAGCACCACCACCACCAGCAGCACCCGCACACGCUCCAGAGCCCCGGGCAAUGA